AAUGAGUCAUAGAUAAAAAAGAGUAAAACCAGGUCGUCCAAGUAAAGAUGAUCAAAAGGAAGGAGUGGAAAUAUAAAGAUCUUCAGAUGAUGAGAAUGAGUAUAUAGCAGAUGAUUCUGAUUGUGAAAGAAUAUUCUCAUUAUUGGCCAAAUAAAGUAGUUAUAAAAACAUUACCAAAACUGGACCAACUAAAACUAAAAAGGCUGAUGAGGAGUAGUUGGCGGAAGCAUCAGAAAAUGUGAAAAAAGUUCUUGUAGAUUUAUAAAUAGAAGAUCCACAAUUCUUUUUUUUAUCAAAUUAAAAAAGAAAGUACGAGUUUGAUAAUGAUAAAUUGGUUGAUAAGACUGAAUAUAAGUUGAUUAAAAAAGAUGAAUUCGGUGAUUAAUUUAAAACUUUGAUUCAUAAGAUUAACAUAGUCAAUAAAGAAUUGGAUGAAAAUUUUAUUGAUGUAUUGAAAGAAAUUUUAAUUCAAUAUUAAGACUUAGUGAUUUAAGAAGUGAAUUCUAACACUAUAAUUGAAAAAAUAAUUCAAACUAUUAAAAAUCCAGAAAAUUAAGAAAAAUUUUAAUAUUUAUUAACAUGGUAAAGAUUAAAAAGCAUUACUAAAGAAACUCGUAUGAAUAGAGCAAUAGAAGAUUUAGAAGAAAAACGAAAAGAAAUAAAUAAAAAAACAUCUGAUAAGGUUAAGAAAAAACACUAAGAAUUUAUUGAUAGCUAAAAAAAAGAAUUAGAUGAAGAAAAUAGUAUGGAUCCACUCUAAUAUUUGAUUACCAAACUAAUUACAGCAUUUGAUAAAAUUAUUGGAAGAUUUGAUCAGAUUAUGCUUCAGGGUUUAAUUGCAUGCAAAUGAU